AUGUCCCCUCCCGGGCUGGUGGCCAAAGACCAGACCUGUGGGCUCAGCAGGGAAGAACCCCUGUGGGAACUGCCUGCCCUGGCAUUCCUGGUGGAGGUCCUGCACUGCCUGAACCCCAGACAAUGUGGGUCCAGCGUCCUGCAGAUAAUUUCAAGGCGCCUGCGCAGCCAUUGCCCGGAGAGGGGUCUCCUGGCGCUUCGAGGCCUACUGGUGAUCAGCAAGGCUCCCGCAAUGGCUAAGAGCAUCUGGAGCCUGAAUGAAAGCCUCCUGGAGCUACUGCAGGAUGCAGACACAGACGCGGUUCAGAUGACUCUCUCUGUGGUCAUCAAUGUGCUCCACUUUAAAAUCAUCCAAAUAUCCAACCCAACUGCCCUGAAGUUGCUUGAGGCGCUGCAACCACUUUUUGACAACGAGCGCAACCAGUUGCAGCAACUCUCCAUGCUCCUCUUCCGGGAGGUGCUGGAAGUGACAGAGAGGAGCAAGAGCCUAAAGUCACACGUGUACCUGAGGCUGGUGCCAUUCUACUUCAACUGGUACGAUGAGAACCAGCGUGUGGCAGAGGCCUCUCGGAGAGCACUGUUUGGUGCAACCAGGUUCCUGAAGUGGAGGGAUCUUGAGCACUUGGUGACCAUGGAGCAGCCGUGGAGGUUUCCCGAGUGCCUGCUGGAAAAGGACAGGAACCGAGUGGGCCAGUACGUGCGCCAGGCCCUGCCGUACCUGGAGAGCCCAGAGGAGCCCCUGCGAAAGCUGGCCAUCAAGUUUCUGGGGAUCGCCGCCAGGUCCAUGAAGCAGGAGCAGCCAGAACUGCAGCUCAUCUGCCAAGCCCUUCAAGGCAUGACUGAUGACAACCCUGCCGUCUUAAACCUGGCACGUGAAACGCUCCAAAUCAUCAGAACUGCACGGGUUUCUAAACUCUACAUUCAGCACUUGAGGGCAACCAAUGAAGAAGCAGCAGAAGCUGAAGUAAAGCAGGGCCUCAUGUGGCAGAGCUUCAGGGAUGGAGAGACUGUGGUGUCUGCUUGUGCUGGUUUAAAG